AUGUCAAGCGGUCGAGUGUUAGUAGUUGAUCUUGCGUGGCGGAGAUGCGACUGUGGGCAUUUUCAAGUGGAGCGACUUCCAUGUCGCCAUGUUAUUAUGUGCUGUGCUAACCAGCGCCUCGAUUGGCAAGUGUAUGUCAGUGAUGUAUACAAGAUGUCGGAGAUUCGUAAGCCACAUCAAUAUUUCACCAGCAUGAGGAGGCAGCAUGGUAUGCCCUUGAAUGACAAGAUCAUACCAUACCUGUACAUGGCCGGCUUAGCCCACCUCGUGAUACUCAACGACCACUGGUUUAAGUUGGAUGAGCCGAUGGUCAGUGCAUUUGUCGAGCAGUGGUGGCCCGAGACUCAUACUUUUCAUAUGCCAUUCGAGGAGUGUACGAUUACGCUUCAGGAUGUUGCCUACCAUUUAGGACUUUCUAUCGACGGACAUUACGUCAGUAGAUGUCUGACGGAUUUCCAGCAGUUCAUUGAUGGCAGGCGACCUGCAUGGGAUUGGUUGCAGGAGUUGUUAAGUAUGUUGCCUUCGGCGGACUGCAUAGACAAGUUCACGGUGAAGUGCACUUGGAUGCAGGAGACGUUCAGUCACCUUCCCCACAACCCAAACGAGGAGACAAUUAGGAGAUACGCGAGGGUGUACAUCAUGAUGCUAUUAUCCACCAAUCUCUUAGGUGACAAGUCCGGUACACACAUGCAUAUCCGGUGGCUACCAUACGUAGCGAAAUUGGAGGACAUGGGUGGAUACAGCUGGACAUCCGCUGCUCUGUCAUGGUUAUACCGAUGUUUGUGUCGUGUGGCCAACAGAAAUGUGGUUAAGUUGGCCGAUCUGUUGCAGCUCCUCCAGUCAUGGAUCUUUUGGUCGUUCCUGGGUUUCAGGUUAGAUGGGUUUGACGCCUUUCAUUGGCCGAUGGUGACGAGGUGGUCCGGUUAUCAGCCAACAUUGAGCAAGAAGGGCCUAGAGUCGCGUAGUGGAGGCUCAAGAUAG